AUGAAGGCGACAGCCUCAUCCGUUCACCAUCUCGUGCACGACUACCAACAAGCAGGUAUUGGCGACUUGACUUCACUAGGGCCGCUCCACCGAGGAGCUCAAGUGUUGGUGGUCGGAGAUGGCAACUUUUCCUACUCGCGUGCAUUGCUGCGUGCCCAGAGCACACGUGCUGGAGCUUCUGAGAUUAUCGUGACGGCCACGUCGCUGGAUACUGAACGUCAAUUGCUCGAGAUGUAUCCAAACUCACGCCGUCUUCUAGCAGAGUUGCGAGACAGAGGUGUCCAGGUUCGACAUGGUGUGGACGCUACAAAGCUGCCGAGUUAUUUCACCCAGAACAGUGCUGACCCGGUCACGUUCGACCGGAUCGUGUUCAACUUUCCACAUUACGCAGGACAAGGACGUGUGGGUGACAAGACCGUACGCAACAAGAUCCAUCGACAUCGACAACUUCUUGUCGACUUCUUUGCUAGUGCAAGUCAAGUGCUGGCAAGAGACGGACAGAUUUGGGUCACGCUCUGUGCUGGACAAGGAGGAACAAAGCUGGAGCGCAGCCCUCGAGCAGCAGGAGAUACGUGGCGCAUUGUCCACUGUGCUGCCGCAGCAAAGUUGGUGCUGCAGGACGCGCAUUUCAGUCCCGUGGACGCAUUAACAGACUUGGGAUACUACAGUGUCGGGUAUCAAGCGCGAGAAAAGGCCUUCUGGACAAACGACAGCAUCACGCACGUGUUCUGCCACGAAGGUCCUGGUCGCAAGGCGUGUUUUCCCAUCGAGUGGACUCGUGACGUCAGCUUCUGGAUCACGGACGAGUUGAGCUUUUCCGAAGCCCUUUUGCAGGACAUUGUGCGGGACCACUUUGCUCCCGAGACAAUGACCGUCGCAAUGUCGCUGCAAGACGAGUAUCGAUGCAAACAAAGCUGUCAAAAGGCCGUGACGUAUCGCCUCGCCAUUUCGUCGUCCAAGCUUGCACUCACUCGUGCUCACGUCAAUGUCUUGACAGAGAAAGCGCUUACAGCCAUCGAGAGCUCGUGCUUCGGUGCUUCUCGGCGCACGACAGUAGUGUCGGACGUGGAAUAG